AUCAGUUGUCUGCUAGAAGAAGCCACAGUCAUCUGACAGAGGAAACGGACACCACCAUCCGAGGUCCUCUCUCCCCUCCUCGCCACUCCGCCCGGAAUCAACCAUGGCCUUCUGCGGCUACAAAUUCUCGCUGUGCCUCCUGCUGAUCAGCUGUUGGGGCCUGGUGCAGCUGCUGUUGAUGGGGAUGCUGUUCUACUGCGAGACGCCGGCCUUCCUCGAGGACCUGCCGCUGACGGGGCCCUACGAGAACGUCGGCCAGUACAUGAACGACGUCCACCACGGCUUCGGGACCAACGCGCUCAACUGCCUGAUCGCCGCCUGCCUCUACAUCAUCACCCUGGGCGUGUCCGGCUGGCAGUUCUAUCUCAACCAGAAGACGACCUAUCAGGUGUAGGCCUAGGCGGAGUGUCUAGGCCUAGUGGUGCGCUGGGGCGUGGUUUGUGUGUGGGGGGGAUGCCGGCUGUAGGUCUGUGUGGGGACUGGCAGCUGUGGGUCUAUGUACGUCUGUGUACGGAUUAUCAGCUGUAGGUCUCUGCAUGGACUACCAGCUGUCGGCCUAUGCUCGGACUACCUGGUUUAGGCCUAUGCAUGUGCUACCAUUUGAGACUGUCACACAUAGCCGUAGAUCUAUGCACAGACUACCCAGCUGGAGGCCUAUGUUUAGGCCUAUGCACAGACUACUAUGUUUAGGCCUAUGUACAGACUACUAUGUUUAGGCCUAUGCACAGACUACUAUGUUUAGGCCUAUGCACAGAUUACUGUUUAGGCCUAUGCACAGACUACGAUGUUUAGGCCUAUGCACAGACUACUGUUAAGGGCUAUGCUGAAACUACUAUGUUUAGGCCUAUGCACAGACUAGUUAAGGGCUAUGCUGAGACUACUAUGCUUAGGCCUAUGCAUAGUAGACAUGCAUGGUCUAGCAGCUGUAAGUUGAUGCAGUUCGAAAAACGUCAGGAUGUCAGCGAGGCCAAGACACGCAGCCGAGAUUGUGUAAUAAUUUUCUUUAUUUUCAAGAAAAAAACUUUGUAUAAAUAAUUGAAUUUGUUUGCAGUCCGUUUGAAUGAUGAAUGAUUGUUUUCACAUGCGUCAUUAAUUUAUCUAUUUAUUUAUUCAUUCGUAUGUUUGUUCUAAAGGGAAUGCAUAAUGUGUUCAUGAGCUGGUCACAUAACGAAAUGGAUGAAUACACACUGCAGUUAUGCAUGCACGCGAUCAUGUGUACGUAUAUGUUGACACAGACACACACACAACACAGAAAGACAGACAGGCGAGAGAGAGAGAG